AUGCUAGCACGUCCCGGAUUCCAACUCGCAGCGGUGAAUGCUGCGGUUCGCGUUCGGACAAUCGUGCCCUCGGUAGCAGCCGUUCGACGACGUCCGGUCUAUACCGCGACCGCGCCUUCUCACUCGCCGCGGCGCGGUGGUGUCGCGCGUCAUCCCGCGUUUGAGGACCUCUCGAUCGAACUCAAAGACUUGCCCGAGUUCCCGACCCGGGCAGAGCAAGUCAGGAUUCUGAAUGAGCCGUCCCAGUUCUACCAGACCCUACUUGUACGUCCACGUCAAACGCUCUUCGCCGCCGCUGCCGCUGCUCAUUUGUGCUCGGUGGGGGUUCGCGGUCGGCGGUCCGGCAGAUCCCUGGCACUUGGCACACGGCACUUGAACCCAGCUACGCCCACUGAUGCGGUUCCACUUGACAUUUCUCAGCACCAUAUCUCUUUGGCCAAGCAUAGAAUUUUCAUCGCGUCUCUCUACGUCGGCAAGGAGGAACAUCAACUUGUGAGAGCUCCGCACCGCAACCUCCCACUCGGGUCCCCAUACUGAUCCGAGCAACCAUUCACGGGCUGCGUUUCGCACGAACCACUCGGCAACCAAUCCAUCGACACCUACGAGCUGAUAGGCACAAGCUCUAUAUGACGCACUUAGGCGAUCACCUGAACUAAAAUUAGUUCUGCUCCUCGACUAUCUUCGUUCGACGCGCGAGCUUCCUAGCCCUUCUUCGGCAUCGUUGCUCGGGUCAUUGACAGCGGCGUUCCCGAAGCAGGUCGAGCUGCGACUGUAUCAUACGCCCAACCUCGUAGGAUGGCGAAAGAAGAUGGUCCCCAGGCGGUUCGACGAGGGCUGGGGACUUCAGCACAUCAAGUGCUAUGGGUUUGAUGAUACCGUCAUCAUCAGCGGGUCAGUCCUCUCGAGGCGGGGCCGAGCAGCGAAGAAUUGGUCCCGUGAAUCGUCGGUUGACUUGCCCAUCGCCUCUUCCAAGCAGCGCCAAUUUAAGCGACGACUACUUCACGAACCGGCAAGACCGCUACAUGGAGUUCAGCUCGCAUGCCCCUUUGGCCGACUACUUUUCGUCGCUGCUUGAGCGCAUCUCAUCUUUCUCGUACCUAGCUACGGCUAUCGACACGUCGACCCAACACCCCGCCAUCGACAUUCGGUGGCCAAAUUCCAAUAUUGGCUCGUCCCCGAUCGAAAGCGCACCUUCCUUCUCAGAAGAUCUCAAGCUCGCUGCUGGCAACUUGGUAAAUACUCUCACCAAGCAGUGGGCGUCUCGCUCCCCGUCUGAUCGAGCAGGCUCAAGUUCGAGUCGAACCGGCCCGCCUUUCGAUACCUCGGUUCGACCCGUAAUUCAAAUGGGUCUUUUUGAUGUUAAACAAGAAACGGAUAUGGCUGUCCCGAGCAUCUUCAAGACCGCGAAUGCGUUGGCGACGGCCCCUGGAGGUGCGGCAACAACGUUGAAUUGGACCUCGGGUUACUUCAGCGUACACGAGCAAUACAAGGCCAUGGUUCUGAGUUCCAAGGCCGGUGUACGGAUAGUAGCCGCUUCACCAGAGGUGAUGUACUAAUUAUCGCCAUCGGCCAUCGUGUCACUUCCCUGCUUAACCUGUUCCUCUGUCGACGUCACAGGCGAAUGGCUUUCACAAUUCGCGAGGGGUAUCCAAAUACAUCCCGCCGGCGUAUACGCACCUCCAGCACCAGUUCUACAAGCAGAUGAUCGAACAAAGUCAACGACGCGAUCGGGAAAGCCAUGUUGAGCUUCGCGAGUGGAAGCGCCAGGGCUGGACCUAUCAUGCCAAAGGUGAGGAGGGAAGGGUUUGGCCGCUCUUCCCUGCUUAGUGCUGAUUAUGUUUGCUCACUAACAGGUAUCUGGUUGACCCCCUCGCUCACUUCUCCUACUCGCUUUCCUCACAACCAUAGCCCGAGGUCGGACUAUAAUGACCUCGACGGCUGGAUCCGGCACACCCAUCCAGUGCCGCCAUGGCUGACCGUUAUCGGCUCGUCCAACUAUGGCAGUCGCUCGGCUUCUCGCGACUUGGAAGCCAACGUCUUGCUGACUACCAGUUCGCCACGACUGAGGAAGACGCUGGGGAAGGAGUUGGAGGCGUUGAGAUCAUAUGCAGUCGACAUCGUCAACGAAGAGUUAUUCAAACGCAAGGAUAGGGUAGUUCCUUGGGGUGUCAGAAUUGCGGCGAAGGUUAUUGAGGACAUGUUGUAA